AUAAUAAAAAUGCCCAUUUCUUAUGCUUUGAGUAAAAGCGAUUCUCAUAUACCUUAUUUGGGUGAUCAUAAAAUAAACAUAUCGAAAAAUGGUGACGAUCGACCUUCGGAAAACUGCAACGGAAAUUCGUGUGAUAACCAAAAUAAUAAUAUGAGUGAGAUUACACGGAUAGAAAGUAGCGAGUACGGCAGUGCGACAUUAUGUACAAAGACUGAACUAUCAAAACAGCAAAAAAUGGAGGCCUGUUGCAAAUCUAUAUUCUCGAUAAAUUCAAUGAAAAAAUUUUUGCCUAUUACAUAUUGGCUUCCAAGAUACAAUUUGAGAUGUUUACGAUCCGACAUUAUUGCGGGACUUGCCGUUGGACUCACUGUCAUUCCACAAGGACUUGCCUAUGCAGCUGUAGCCGGACUCGAACUUCAGUACGGACUUUACAGUGCAUUUAUGGGAUGCUUCAUAUACUGCCUAUUUGGAACCUCAAAAGAUAUAACACUUGGUCCCACUGCCAUAAUGUCUAUUCUUGUUGCCGAAUAUGCCCGAGAUCCAUGGAAAGAGAUAGAUGAUGGAGAUGAAACGAGCAACGUCACACUUGCUAUCCUUCUGACCUUUACGUGUGGAAUAAUCCAAGUACUGAUGAGUAUAUUUCGAUUGGGAUUCCUGGUUCAUUUUAUUUCUCAUCCGGUUAUUGCAGGGUUCACCUCAGCUGCUUCGGUAGUCAUCGCAUGUAGUCAAAUAAAGAAAAUCCUUGGAAUUCACGCCUCGAGCGAAUUCUUUCACAUGUGGGCAGAUAUUGUUCACAACAUUGAAGACACAAAAGUUUGGGACGUGACCAUGGGUGUGAGCUGCAUGCUUUUUCUUUUCAUCUUAAAGAAGUCAAAGGAAAAAUGGGGAACACUGAGCGAUGGUGAUAAAGACACAUCCAUCGUCAGGACCAUGGUUUCCAAAAUUCUGUGGUUCAUGGGAACAGCAAGGAACGCCAUUGUAGUGGUUUUGUGCAGUGGAAUAGCCUACGGAAUAACAGAUUUGUCUCUUUCUGUUGACGAAAGACCCAUCACAUUAACGCCGAAUGUAACAGGAGGUUUACCAGACUUCAAGAUUCCAAAUUUCUCAGAGCCCAUUCCGGGGACCAAUGAAACUGCUUCAUUUCUGGCAUUGUUGUCACAUUUGGGAAGUGGGCUGGCGGUAAUUCCGCUAAUGGGGAUAUUAGAGAGUAUUGCAAUUUCACAGGCGUUCGCACGCAAAAACUGUUACAGAGUUAGACCUACACAAGAACUAUUGGCAAUUGGAAUUUCCAACUUUGUUGGAGCGUUUGUUGGAUCUUAUCCAAUAACUGGAAGUUUUUCUAGGACAGCCGUCAACUCUCAAAGUCACGUAGCAACCCCCCUCGGAGGAUUAUUUACCGGAAUUAUAGUCGUUGUUUCUUUACAAUUUAUUACCGAAACUUUCCAAUUCAUUCCAUCGUCAACAUUAGGUGCUGUUAUCAUCAUGGCCGUCGUUAACAUGUUCGAUUUAGAUACAAUUACAUUAAUUUGGAAAGUCCAUAAAAUCGAUCUCCUGCCGCUUUCUGUCACAUUUUUCUUAUGUUUCUGGGAUCUGGCUUACGGAAUAAUAUGUGGAAUUGGUAUUUCAUUGUUGAUAUUGUUAGCAUCACACGCUCGGCCCCGAGUUCUAGUUGAGAAAGUUGACAAUACCUUGAUAUUAAAAAUACGCAAUGGAUUGGACUUCCCAGCUUCUGAUUAUUUGGAAAAUCAAGUUCAAAAUCAUGCAGAAGACAAAAACUGUGAUCGGGUUGUUCUUGAUUGCAAGAACAUAACAACACUGGAUUUCAGUGCAAUAGAGUCGAUUUAUCAUUGUGCAGAAAAAUUUCAGAAGAACGGUGUUGUCUUCGUUAUAAGUGCUUUAAAGCCAUAUUUACGUGGGAGGUUACACAGGAGAGGAAUUUUGUCAACAGGCGUGAAACUUGUUCAAUGUACAAAAGAAGUUUUUAGUGGCGCAAAGACAGAUAGCAGUACAAAACGGGAAAAUCUUCAAUUGGAUUUGUAACUGAACCGAUGUCCAAACUAUUGCAACUUGCAAAAGCAACGAACACAAGAAAAGAGCACCUGACCACAGUCCCCAGCGGACGAAGAAAAUAGUGAAAUAUAUUUUCCUUGCACAUGGUGUGUGAUCGGAGUCUCAUCAUGCGAAUUAGAAUGCCCGCGGACUAUUUAGACCAGGCGGAAUCAGAAUUGAAUGAAGGAGCUGCCAAAUUGUGUAUGAAAGGAUAAAGAUAUAUAUUACAUAUAUACAAAUACUAAGCAAAGUAAAAUUAAAGUGUAACUUCAUAUAUAGGAAAUCACUUUGGCCGAAUAAAAUAAAUAAUAAACAGGGUGAGUUUCGAAAAAGUGACCAAACUGUCUUUAUCGCUGUUUGUUAGGAGUUUUUUUCCGGAGCGAAGAUAUGAAAAAUGUCAUAAGGUAUACCAAUAAGAAGACCACAAGUCAUACUUUGACGUUGGUUGAAAAUUUCUUACGAUCUCUGAAACUUAGAAUAAAAACUGCGGUAUCAUAUUCAAUGAUUGUAUUCCAAUGAGAUAUACGACACUGAUUAUCAGCUACUUCUCAGACGAGUCGGAUUGGAUGUACUCCUCAAGAUUCUUUCAUUUCUUCGCAACCAUUUCGAUCAGGUAAACACGAAUUUCAAUACUAGUUUGAUGAAACCCCGCAGAAUACUUUUGAACAAAUAUAACAGAUGACGAAUUCCUAAUAAAUAUAUGAUUAAUUCAUGGAGAAAAUAUAACUUAAUUGUAAGCUAUUUGUUAAUGAUCGGACCCAAGAACAAACUUAAAAGCCCUAUUCGUCUAUUACAAAUAUGAAAGAUAUUUAUCCUGAAAUUGGAUAGGCGUUAUAAUACAAUAUUACAAGAUAGAACAAACAUUCGCACGAGAAGUCGCUCGAUUGUGAUUUUUCAAAUAAACUUUUCCUGUUUUGUACAAACUGCUGCUCGUGUGCGUUUAUUUAAAUUGUGGUAUAAUAAAAGUUUGCAUAUGAUUAUUGUUAUAUUAUAUAUAUAUAUAUAUAUGUUAUUAAAUGGCAAACUUCCUGAUUGUGAAUCGCACUAUAUAUAUAGAAUAUCCCAGCGUAACAAUCCAUUUUAUAAAUAAAUAGGUAAAGCGGAAAAUAAGAUGUAUAGAACUAUUAUAUGUCUUGAUAUAAAAAAAACAAUAAUUCUCUUUGUUGGGAUUGCUCAUGGUUUUCAUAUUUCACAAAUUUUCCUAGUAAAUAGUCCUUCCGACACUAUUUAUCUAAGGACAACUGAUGUGAAGCAAUAUAAAAAUAUGACGCAUUUUUGAAUCGUUUCAAUCGUUUUCAAAUGCUACGCAGUGACAGAAAUCAAUGAAAUAAAUUCAUCUUUGCGACAAUUGGUAUUCAGUUUGGUGAAAUAGUUUUUACUAACAACAGUAUGCGUCGAUCAUUUGGCCUUCUCUCUAUAUUUAGUUUCGUAAAUUUCUUGUUGUAUGCUGAUGGGUUCAAGAAUAAGAGGAAGUUUAUGAUAUUUAAUGUGAACUCAAGAUUGAUCAACAAUUGGAUUGAAUGUUUAGCACACUCGUUGCCGAUAAUUUACUAUUUUAUUGAAUAAUAGUGAAACGUGGAAACACUGACUAUUCAUGACAUACGAAAGCUUAUAACGGGAUAUACCAACAGACUGCCAAUUAUGAAUUUGUAUAGGACUGGACAUCGGAUGAAUUGACAUUGCAAGGACAGAAAACUUUGAUAUUAGAUGGGUAUAUAUCGCGAGGAGGCCAAUUCAAGUGUAAAAACUAUCUGGGUGAUUGAGACAAUAUUUUUCCAGAGACCUGAAAAUAAAACAUUAGAGCAAAUAUAGAAC